AUGCUUUGUGAAACAUUAUUCAAGAGUCUUUAUAAGCAUAAUAAUUCUGUAAGGCAGUAGAUCAUAUCCCCAGGGCUGUAAUCUCAGGUAGUGCCAGAGGUUGACAAAUAUUCUGUGUUUAAAGUGAAUCUUUUAUCCUGCCACUCACCACCAUAAGGCAUGGUUCCUCAUUUUAUUUACUGAGCUGAAUCAUUCUGGAUCUGUGAGGAAGAGUGGAGAGCUGAAAUGAAGCUUGUUUGUUUUUUACUUUUCUGGUUCACAAAUGGUAUAAAUCCAACAAAAGGACAAGUACAUCUGGAGUUGACUGGAGAAAUGCUUCUUAGAUUUGUGUUUCAACCAAAUUACAAUUACUUAGAGAAGUCCUGUUGUAAGUUUACUAGCAAUGGGUGUAUCAUUUUUGUUACUAGCAACGGAUACGUACACAAUGCUUACAAAGGAAGAAUAGAAACCUUUGUAUACUCUGGAACGUUUGAUGUACGAAUCUGGAAUCUGCGUGCAAAGGAUACUGGGAUGUACAGAUGUGAAAUCCGUGGGGCACAAAAAUACCAGUAUUUUCAAGUUGUAUCUGAGAGUAAGACUGAACUGAACCCAAUACUAGCUUUUCCAAAAACGACUAUCUCACCAGUCAGUUCAGCACACAACCUCUUCGAGAAUCACCAAGAGAUAUCUAGUGCUAAAUGGAGCUUGAAAUUCACACUGGGAACCAUUUUUGGUGUCUUGGUUAUCAUUCUCAUUAUGUCCAUCUCACUGACCGUGGUCUACAUUAAAAAGAAAUCAAGAGAUAAAUGUGGUAGAAGCUUCCCUAUUGCGCCCAACAUCAUACAACAGCUUCCUCAGGAGCUCAUCUACACCACAGUGGAUUUCAAGCUCCAUCAAAAAACAUCCAACAUAUAUGCCAACCUGGACAUCCAAGCAUCAGGACCUGGUUCAGGCAAUGCGCUGAAAGCACAGGACACUGUAGAGUAUGCUACAAUAGCAGGGGUUUUAUGAUUAAUCAAAAUAAUCAUGAUAUCUGAUUGUUUUUAUUAGAGUAGUUUACUGGACUUAUUUUUGCCACUGAAAUAUUACAGUAUUCAAAUAUUACAUAGGCUGCAAUGGCCUAUUAGUGUAGAUUUUUUUUUAAAAGAACCCUGUGCUUUAAUACUUGUCACAUGCUUCAGUUGAUGAGAUUAUAUUAGUCAUGAGGAAAAUCUGACUUUCUGUAAAAGGUUACAUGAUACAAAUUGGAACCUAGAAAUAGUCUUGAAAAUUAAAUAUUCAAAAUAUUGAACAUAUAUUUUCUUUUUUUUAAAUGUUUCAAAAUUCUUCUGAUUUUCUUCAAUUUUAAAUGAAAAAUCCAAGAAUAACAGACUUUUGAACCCCACAGUAUAUGAACAAGAAGGAUAAUGUUGAUAUCAGAAAAAAGGCACCUGAUAUGAUACUUAUGUGUUGAUCCAGUAUUGUCAAUUUGCCUUUAAUGUCUUUCGCAGUAACACAAACAAUUGGAUUUCUGAUGAUAAUAUGUUUAUUUUCUUGCACAUUUUAGUUGCUCUCUUGCAGGUUUUAACAUUUAACUUGCAAAAGACACAAAUAAAAGUUUAUUAUUUCA